GGUUGGCGAUGGCAGGGCGGACAAGAGUGGAGCGUCGGUUGGUCGGGCCGGCGGGAGGAUGAUGCGAAUGCCUCUUCGCCCAGCAACAAGCACGUCCACCAAAAGACCCGCAAACCCAGCUCUGCCGGACAGCUUGACAGGCGUGUUUGUGGCCGGACGUCGAGCUGACCCAAACGUCAGGCGUCUGCACCUCAAAAACUCUUCAAAAGCAACACCAACAAUACUCAAAGUCUCAGUUCUGAGUGCUCGCAGUCGCGAUUGCCGCUUUCCUCCGCAGAAAUACAACAAACCACCCACUUUGACACACACACACACACACACAGAGACAUACAGAAACACGAAGAAGCAAACAGUCCGAAUCAUUUUGAUUAACAAAAUAAGGAAAUGGCCAAAUACAUUUUUAUGCAUGCAAAUCAAAUUAAUUCUCUGCGUUUGUGCAUGCGCUUAUGUGUGUGUGUGUGUGAGUGUGUAG